CCCUCCCUCCCUCCGCUCCCCUCCCCUCCCCUGCAAGUCACGACUCACGCGUCUCCCACCUCGCCGGCGCCGGCCGCCUCACUCCGCCUUCGCCGCCGCCGCCAUGAGCGCCCUCCAGGCCUCCCUCCUCCUCCGCCCUCUCCCCUCGCCCCUGCCCCCUCGUCGGCGUCCGCCACCAGCCCCCGCCUCCGUCUCCUUCCCUCGCUCCUGCCACCACCGCCGCCCCCCGCUCCCCCUCCGCGCAUUGGCCUCCGACGGCCCCCAGCCUCCCCCCUCUCCGGCCCCCGAGCCGCCCGCGGCGGCUGCGGCGGCGGUCGCUCCGGAGGCGGAGGUCGACACGGGCCCCGCUGCCCAGGACGGGAAGGAGGAGCUGGAGGACCUGGUGGAUAAGGCUAGGGUUUGGGCCGUGGCUUUCGCGGCCGCGGUGGUCGAGGUGGCCAAGAGGUUUUUCGACUGGGUGGUGUCUGGCGAUUGGAUGAGCUGGUGGCCGUUCUGGCGCCCCGACCGCCGCUUGCAGCGGUUGAUCGAUGACGCCGACGCUCACCCCAAGGACCCUGCCAAGCAGAGCGCGCUGCUCCACGAGCUCAACAAGUUUAGCCCAGAAGAUGUCAUCAAAAGAAUCGAGCAAAGAAGUCAUGCGGUUGAUAGCAAGGGGGUUGCAGAGUACCUUCGAGCUCUUAUUCUCACAAACGCUAUAGCUGAUUACCUACCAGAUGAGCGGUCUGGGCGUUCAGCAACACUACCAGCUCUGUUGCAAGAAUUGAAGCAACGUGUAUCUGGGGAGGACAAGCCUUUCUCGAAUCCUGGGAUAUCUGACAAGCAACCAUUACAUGUAGUAAUGGUUGAUCCUAAAGCUACUGGUAGAUCAACUCGGUUUGCUCAAGAGAUUUUCUCGACUAUCUUGUUCACAGUUGCUGUUGGAUUUAUGUGGGUAAUGGGUGCUGCUGCGCUUCAAAAGUAUAUUGGUAGCCUAGGUGGAAUAGGCGCAUCUGGUGUCGGUUCCAGUUCAUCAUAUUCUGCAAAAGAGUUGAAUAAGGAUAUAACACCCGAGAAGAAUGUGAAGACAUUUAAAGAUGUCAAAGGCUGUGAUGAUGCCAAGAAAGAACUUGAGGAGGUUGUUGAGUAUCUAAGGAAUCCUAUGAAGUUUACUCGCCUCGGUGGAAAGUUACCAAAGGGAAUACUUUUAACUGGAGCUCCAGGAACUGGGAAGACGCUGCUUGCUAAGGCCAUUGCUGGGGAAGCUGGUGUGCCUUUCUUUUACCGAGCAGGUUCUGAAUUUGAGGAAAUGUUUGUUGGUGUUGGUGCUCGGAGGGUGAGAUCCUUGUUUCAAGCUGCAAAGAAAAAGGCACCAUGUAUUGUUUUCAUUGAUGAAAUAGAUGCAGUGGGAUCAACUAGAAAACAGUGGGAAGGGCACACAAAGAAAACAUUGCAUCAACUUCUUGUUGAGAUGGAUGGUUUUGAACAAAAUGAGGGAAUAAUAGUAAUGGCUGCGACAAACUUACCAGACAUUCUUGAUCCAGCACUUACAAGACCUGGUAGAUUUGAUAGACAUAUUGUUGUCCCUAGUCCUGAUGUGCGAGGCCGCCAAGAUAUUCUGGAGCUCUAUUUGCAAGACAAGCCUGUGGGCAGUGAUGUGAAUGUCAAUGCAAUCGCCCGCAGUACCCCUGGCUUUAAUGGGGCUGACCUUGCAAACCUGGUAAACAUUGCAGCAAUUAAGGCUGCUGUUGAAGGUGCUGACAAGCUGACUGCUUCACAAUUGGAGUUUGCCAAAGAUCGUAUCAUCAUGGGAACUGAGAGGAAAUCAAUGUUCAUCUCUGAUGAAUCAAGAAAGCUUACUGCCUACCAUGAAAGUGGGCAUGCUAUUGUUGCACUCAAUACCAAGGGUGCUCAUCCCAUUCACAAGGCAACUAUCCUGCCUCGUGGAUCUGCCCUUGGAAUGGUUACACAACUUCCCUCACAGGAUGAGACUUCUAUCAGCAAGAAACAACUCCUGGCACGUCUUGAUGUUUGCAUGGGCGGAAGGGUUGCUGAAGAGCUUAUAUUUGGGGAAGAAAAUGUUACUACUGGUGCCAGAAAUGAUCUUCAUACUGCAACAGAGCUCGCCCAGUAUAUGGUAUCAAACUGUGGGAUGAGUAAUGCUAUUGGUCCUGUGCAUGUAAAAGAACGACCAAGUGUUGACAUGCAAUCAAGAAUAGAUGCAGAGGUGGGCAGACUCCUAAGAGAAGCUUAUGAACGGGUGACACAUUUACUGAAGAAGCAUGAGAAGCAAUUACAUGCUUUAGCGAAUGCUCUGCUGGAGCGUGAAACUCUGACGGCAGAUGAGAUCAACAAAGUAGUUCAUCCCUACCAAGAAGAACCACAGCUUCCCUUCCAAGAAGAAGCCUUUGCGCUAACUUAGACAUAUUACCUUUUGUUGCAUCAAGGUGGUAGUUUCGACUGUAAAUCCGUGUACAGUAAUUGGAAAGUCAUUACUCACCAUUUUGCGUAGUGGGGUAAACUUGGGUGCAUUUCCUUCUCGGCACCAUUAGGCUGGCAUGCAGGAAAUUGAAAGAUGAGAUUAUCGGAGGGUGUUGCAUGAUUGUGAGCUAUUGCCAUAUCUGUGACGCGGCGAGACUCACCAGCGCCUGCCUUUUACCCAACAUGAAGCCCCUGAGCUGAGAAGUGCAUCACGCUUGGUUUAGAUAGGGAAGCAAUACAGAUGUGACAUUGCAUAUUUUGGAUUCUAGAUUAUUUCUUCUUUUCAAUUCUAUGCCUCGCCAUUGUUUAAAGGAAACCGUACAUAUAACUGUCUCAUUCUAUUGCGUCGUAACAUGUUACGCGGAUGUGGUCAAUUAUUAUGUCUGGCAUGUUC